UGCAGAAUUUCCCACGUCAAGAUAAAUCUGACCAUCCCUCCGCGUGGGAAAAUGAAUGGCAACCACAGCACGCCUGCCCUCCAAACCGCCGUAAACCUCGCUUGCCACGUUUCUACCUCCCCUUUUCAACACGUGCUUCUGAAUGCGUCGGCAAUCCUACCCCAUGCUCUCUCUCCCUCAGUAUAUUGAUCUGAAUCGCCGCUCAUUCUCUUUUCUGCUUUCUUCUGUCCUCGUAAUCCGUACAGUUUCUCAUUCUCGUUCGGUUCUUUGUGAUUUUCCGAUUGGCGACGGAAGAUUCAUCUGUAGAAGGAUCUUUUGCAUCUUUUGACAAAUUCGUCAUCUGGGGUUUUGAAAAUAAUUUUCCUAUAGAGGAUAUAAAUAUGAAGUAGUGCAAGAGAGAUUAAAGAAGAAAAAUAUGUUAUUUGGAUCGGAUGAUACAGUUGAAGAACUUGUGGAGCCAUUCUGUUAUGCUUCUAAUUGUGGAAUUUAUUGAAACUUUAAAGAAAAUGAGACUUGCUGGUCAUGUCAGUCAAUCUUGUGUAACAUAUGGUGCACAAACUGAGAUGUAUCUGUGAAUUGAAGAAGGAUGUCCAUAUUUUGGUGGCACUUUCUUACUUCUAGUUUGUGAAAUAGAUUGCUGCCAAAGAAGAAAGUAAGACUGAAUGAAGUAGUAUUAUUUUAUCAGCGGGGCAGUAAAAUUGUAGUCUCUUGUACUUGAUACAGCUGCAGGGCUGCGAACAGCCUCAAAGUUUUUCUUUUCCUUUUGUGAACUUCUAAAGACGUGGCUAUUAUCUUCCUAUCUUUUCAAAUUCACAAAUUUUGAGAUUCUGGAUACUGUCUGUUUGGUGUCCUUACCUCUAGCAAGUGGAUCUUUGCCAGGCGGCAGGUUCAGGAAUAAACCUAAGGGACAAAAAUGUCUUCCCCUAGCAAGAGGAGAGAAAUGGAUGUCAUGAAAUUGAUGAUGAGUGAUUACAAUGUUGAAACAAUAAAUGAUGGGCUCAAUGAAUUCAAUGUGGAAUUCCAUGGUCCAAAAGAAAGCCUUUAUGAAGGUGGAGUAUGGAAAGUUCGUGUUGAACUUCCAGAUGCUUAUCCAUACAAGUCUCCUUCUAUUGGGUUUGUGAACAAAAUAUUCCACCCAAAUGUUGAUGAGCUCUCUGGUUCUGUUUGCUUGGACGUUAUAAACCAAUCCUGGAGUCCAAUGUUUGAUCUUCUGAAUGUUUUUGAGGUCUUUCUUCCACAACUAUUGCUUUAUCCCAAUCCUUCAGAUCCACUCAAUGGGGAUGCAGCUUCAUUGAUGAUGAAGGAUCGAAAGCAAUAUGAUCAGAAAGUAAAAGAGUAUUGCGAGCGAUAUGCAAGGAAGGAGAACAUUACCAACUCUGCAGCUGAGGAGGACAGUGGUGAUGAAGACAUCAGUGAUGGACCCAGUGUGGCAAGUGAUGAUGAUAUUGCUGGACAUGCAGACCCAUAAUUAACUCCAGGGGCUUCCUCAUAUUUGGGUGCGAACCCACUUGUAACACAGCAAUAAGUCCCUACUACGGUCACCUGUCCAUUUUUAUUUUCAUUUUAGUUAUAUAUGACUAAACUCAAUUAUUUGCUUGUAAAUUUAUGAAUAUUAUAAGAGAUAAUGCCUGUGAUUGAUGUAUUGAUUAGUUGAAGGUAUAGGGGAUCAAAUUGAUAGAGGAAGAUAGAAGGAAUAGUUAAGUAAAAUUUGAAAAUUAUAUGA